UUCUAUAAAUUUGGUUUUUGUGAUCUUACUAGCACAAUUGCUGCUACUCAUCUAAAAUAAAAACCAAACAAAGCCUUAAAGAAAUAAUCCUCUGGUUUUAUAACAAAUAUUAGAGUCAUAAAAUGUACUACACAUCAAAUUGCAGUUUUAAUUUUAGUCCUAAUACUUUGCUGCCUAAGAUGUUAAUGAACAGGAUUUCAUGCACAUUGAAGAAUGAUAUAGUGAGAUCAAUUGGACACUGCACAGAGGUGCCUCGGAAUGUAAACAUGGAGAAACUGCAACAUGGUUAUUUAUUUCCUGAGAUUGAAAGACGUGAGCUUCUUCACUUAAAGAAGUAUCCGCAUGCAAAUGUGAUAGACCUUGGAAUUGGCGAUACUACAAAACCAUUACCAGAAAUUGUAACCUCAAGCAUGGUUGAUUUUGUGCAUGGCCUUUCAACAGCAGAAGGUUAUAAAGGAUAUGGACCUGAGCAAGGUGAAAAGGCUAUGAGGAAGGCAAUUGCUGAUGCAUUUUACAAAGAUCUAGGGAUAAAGCCCUCUGAGGUUUUUGUUUCAGAUGGUGCACAGUGUGAUAUUUCUCGUCUCCAGCUGCUUAUGGGCCCCAAUCUGAAGAUAGCUGUACAGGAUCCAUCCUUUCCGGCAUACAUAGACUCGAGUGUCAUAAUUGGUCAGGCUGGGAAGUUUGUAGAUAGAGCUGGCAAAUAUGAAAACAUAGAAUACUUGACAUGUAGACCUCAAACCGACUUCUUCCCGGAUCUGCAGACCACUUCAAGGCCACAGCUAAUUUUCUUUUGUUCUCCUAACAAUCCUACUGGUCAUGCAGCAACAAGGAAGCAAUUGGAGCAACUUGUGAAUUUUGCCAAAGUUAAUGGAUCCAUCAUUAUCUUUGACGCUGCAUAUUCUGCUUAUAUCACUGAUGAUAGUCCUAAAUCAAUCUUUGAAAUUUCGGGAGCCAGAGAGGUUGCAAUUGAAGUGUCCUCCUUCUCAAAAUUUGCCGGCUUCACCGGUGUCCGUCUUGGUUGGACAGUGGUCCCUGAAGAACUGCUAUAUUCAAACGGCUUUCCCGUUUUGCAUGAUUUCAACCGCAUAAUGUGUACCUGCUUCAAUGGAGCAUCCAGGAUAGCUCAGGCUGGGGGACUAGCAUGCCUUUCCCCAGAAGGUCUCAAUGCUUUGCAGUCCCUAGUUGACUACUACAUGGAGAAUGCAAGAAUAUUGGUCAAUGCUCUGACCUCUCUUGGUCUGAUAGUAUAUGGGGGUAAAAAUGCACCCUAUGUUUGGGUCCAUUUUCCUGGCUCAAAUUCUUGGAAUGUCUUUGCUGAAGUUCUUGAGAAAACACACAUAAUUACUGUGCCAGGCAGUGGUUUUGGUCCAGGUGGUGAAGGGUAUAUAAGAAUUAGUGCCUUUGGCCAGAGAGAUUCUAUCAUUGAAGCCUCGAAGAGACUCAAAAACCUUCUCUAUCAGAAGGAACUCUAAUGCUUUACUUCUAUCAGUUUUAUAAUCUAUACAUAAAAUAAACAAAAUGGCAAAUCUAAGCCUUCAUUAUUUCUAGUAGUGAGAGGAUUCUAUUAUGAACUAUACUUUCCGUCAAGAAUAAGAGUAAAAAUAUAUUUAUUGAAUUGUAAUAUGUUGGCAAUACAUCAGAUAUAUAUAUAUAUAUAUAUAUAUAUCUGAUGUACUAGAUUACUAAACAACCAAAUCCUAUUAGUACUCAUAUAUAAUUAAAUCCCUACUAUUACUCUUUUUCAACUGAAUCCCUAUACUUGAGGGAUGUUAAACUUUAACAUAUUUUGACACUUUCUAUUUCUAUUCAUAAUAUAUUAUGUAUUCGUAGUACAGUGAAUAGGUGGAACUCAAUCCUUCACUGUCAAAACUGAAAGUUACAGGACAAAUGCCAGGGUGAGUGGUGUUUAGGGAGCUUGAUAUUAAGCUAGCUAAUGUUUGUUAGUUGAGGAUGAAAUUCUCUCAUUUUGUUUCUCUGUAAAACAAAUUAUCCUAACAUCCAAUGCCUAAAAUGACAAAUUGCAUAACAUAUUCAAAUUUAUAAGGGUGAGUGGUAAUUUAGUGAGCCUGAUAGAUAAGAUGAAAUAUCUACCAGACAUGUCAAUGGCUUGUGAGACUGUUUCUGCCAACUUUACCUCUGUAAAAGAGAUCGCGAAAAAGUACAAGUUGGAACAAAUAUAAUAUUCAAAGGCAUGUAUAUAAUGCAGAAGGGAGAAAAUGAGCAAAUAUAACAUAACAGAAUAAAUUGAACAUCCAUUUAAUGAAGAUAGUUCCUGUCACAUUGGUACAAGACCAAACACAUUUGUAUGAAGUCAAUGUAAAAUGUACGAAAUAUUUAGAAAAAUAUUCAGAUAUUAUGUACCAUGUUUUGUUAUUCUUAAUUUGUAAAAUUUUGAUUUGUCUGUGUAUGAGUAAAUGUGAAAUUACAUCUAAUGGAUUGAUCACGCAGAUACCAGCCAAUACUGGCA